CCUUGUGUCAGGUCAAGCUGAAGACCAGGGGCCACAAGUAAGUCUGUUCUCUGCUCUCUGUGUCCCCUGAUCCAGGCCUGGGUGCCCUGACCGCUGCCCAUGUCCCUGGGCAGUCCCUGACCCUCUGUGACUUAGCGGUAGCCCCAUCAGUCUGCAGACAGAUUCAGAAAGGCAGCUUCGGGCUGUGUGGCUAUGUGCGCUCCCGCUCCGACAGGCUGUGGGGCUCAGUUAAUUCUGCACAGACAGCUUGAGACGUCACGAACCAGAGGAGGAAGUGAGGAGUUUCACUGAAACAGAAUAGCUCCCAGAUUUCCAGGCAGGACCGUCGGGGAUGGCCACGGGUACCCUCAACCCUAAGCUGCCUACAGGCAGGCAGAGUGUGGGAGUGGCUUGGUCCUGGUGACCACCUGUCAGGCAGAUCCGUAAGUUUAACACGACCAGCUGGAGCUCAGGCUCUAACUAGCUGCUCAGCAGCUGCGCAGUGAAAGAAGUGGACUUCAAGGGAAGACCAGUUCCUUGCAUUUAAAUUCCUCAGAGCUCAGGAACUUCCUAGGGAGGAGCUAGGUUCCCUGUCACCAGCGCUGGUCCUGGUCCCGCCUCACUGUAAUUUCCAGCCCAGUGGCUCCGCAGCCGCGCUGCCCGCCUUCCGCAGGCUGAUGAGCCUGGCAGCCCGGGCUCAGGCUGCUGCCUGCGUGACCUUAAGCCCGCACGAGAACCGUCACUGUAGUUCGGAUAGUUGGGCUGGCUUUCCCCACCAAAGACCAUUUCUGCCUAUGAGGAUUAAACUUGAUUUCUAGAAACCCAAUAAAACUAGGAUUUCCCAAAACCAACUGAAGCUAACAGGUUUCUCACCACCACCUCAGCCCCGGCCCUGCCCUCCACCCUUGGCCAUCGCCCUGGGCGUCCUGUCCUGUCUCCUGGCCUGAGAUACGCUUUGUCUCACCCUCACCUCACCUGGCACUGUCCCCAGCACACCCGGGAAAGUCCUGUCAUUUCCAGCGAGGGCUGUGCAGCCCCGUCUGCCUGCCCAACGCCCUUCAGCCUCACCUCUGAGUCAGUGAGGGGCUGAGGGACAGCUUCCCCGAAGCACUGGGUCUUGUGGUGGUGUUCUGUGUCAUGUUGGGUACUGGGGCUGGAACUUUUGGCCUUCACCGAGGGCUGUCACUAACCUCAGCCCUGGAAGAGUCACUGAAUUCCUCUGGCUGGGCUCAAUCUUUCAGUCCUCAACCUCCCAGAAUGCUGGGCUAGGUGUGCGCUGCCACACUCAGCUGGGUUUUUUGUUUUUUUGUUUUUUUGAGACAAAGUCUUGUUAUGUAGUUCCAGCUGACCUUUAACUGAAUAUGUAGCCCAGGCAAUCCCCCUGCCUCAGCCUCUCCAGUACCAAGACUCUAGGCAUGCACCACCAUGUCCAGCUUAGAAUAUUUUCUCUUUACCUGCAAGUGACACAUGCUGAAGACCACAUGAAAUAAGAAAAGACAGUCCCUAAAGCCUUCCUAACCUAACCACAAACACCCUGCAUAGGGUUCUCUGCGGUGUAGCCGCUAGCAUUUCUUCCCUGGCUGGCCUGGCUGUGUGCCCCAUGGUGACUUGGCCCCAGCCCAAGACUGCUGAGAGAGUGACUUCCCUACUUCCUCAGAGACUUUGGUGGUACCUGGAGAUGUUUAAGGUUCUCCUGCAUGGUGGGGGCACUGGCAGGGAUGCCACCUGGCACCUGUAGUGCAUAGGGCAGCCCCUCCUAGGGUGAGCUCCUCCAAGAGCAGCACUGCUGGGAACACUGGCCUGGAACCAGUUGCCGCCUAAACGCUGGCUCUGCCACCCUAGCUGGGACUCACCUGGGCUUCAGCGUUGCCCCUCUGAACAGGAUGACAAAGCUCAGUAAAAUCAUGUUACCAGUAAUGCAGCAGGGACCAGGCCCUGUGUGCUGGAGUCCACCUUGGCCAUGCUGCCCUGGAACCUGCUCCUUCCCUCUGCUCUUCAGAGCUCAACAGCACAGGGAGCCAGACCAAGUGGCCACUCACCCACCCUGGCGACAUUGAAGCUGCCCUAGCGAGCCUCAAGAGCCCACAAUACCAGGCAUGGUGGUGCACAUCCCAGCCAGGGACCUAGUAAGGACCCAGGGCAAGUCCUCACCCCAGAGCCUUGGAGUCCUCCUCCCCACUGUGCCUCCUCCAUCAAAUGUGGCCCUGUGAGUGGUGGUCAUAGUGAUCGAAAAGCCCUGAGCACAGGGCAGCCAAGCAGCAACAGGAGGCCGGAAUGCUCCCUGCGCCCCACUCCCCAGGAGCUAUUUGCAGUCUUUGGCUCUUUCCCUCAGCACUCAGUCUGAGGCUCAGUCCAGCUUCCUGGUUUUGCUCUUUUUUGGCCACCCCCUCCCCCCAUGUCUAGAUGGUACCUCUGACUCAUCCCUGUGCACCCCACUCCUCCUCAAACCACAUCCCCUUUGAUGCACUGUGGAGUUUCCCAGUUUGCUUUUUCUGGGCAUUGCCCCCCACCCAAUGGGAAGAAGACAGCUCCAGAGAACCCUCUGUACCCCCAGAAGCACCCCCAUUGCUUCUCCACCCACACUGGCUUCUGGGCUAAACUGAGACCUCUGAUGCCAGAUCUGGCUCUAGUGUGAGGUUCCUUGGAGAUGUCAUCGGGCUCUUUUCUCUGAUUCCACCCCACCCCUGCCCUGCCCUGCCCUGCGCUGAGCCCACUGCACUACCGACCCAGAACUUGCCUAUAGACCUUACCCAACUUCACUCCAUCCUCCCUCUCCACCCUGGCCCCAACUCCUGAAGUGGACAGGAGCCACCAUGAGGGGCUGGUUGGGUAGCCCACAGUCCCUGGCUGGCAAGUGCCAGGCCAGAGGCCUAACCCACACCACAGCCGGCUGCCCACCACAUGGAGCAGAGAUGAGGGCUUUGAAGGGCUGAGGAGCCACUGACACAGGAGGCCUCAGCACCCCAGCCCCAAGAGUCCAGGAGGUGGGGGGGGUACAGGGUAGGCAGGAACAGACUUCAUGGCAGGGAUGGGACAGGCCCACAGGCAGUCCCCACCCUAAGUAUUUGAGAUUUAUUUCUGGCUUCCCAACCACUCUAAAACUAUUUGGGGUAAGAGGAAGAAAAUAGAAAAAGUUACUUCCUCGUGACCCCUUUUAUAUCUGCCCCCACCCAGCCUGCUGUGGCCUCUGAGCAUCUGACCUCGAGGCUCCAGGAAAGCACUUCAGCCGCCCCCAUGCCCAGUUUAUAGGGGGAGAGGAGGGCGGGGCCCCCAUUUAAGGAGAGGGAAGGGCUGCAGAGGGACAGAAGCGUGCAGGAGGUGGAAGGAGAGCUACACGGAGGCUGGCAGUGGGACGGAGCUGGGGACCUGCAGAGCCCAGGCCUGACUGACAGGCAGGAAGAAGAGGGGACAGUGAGACAGGAGGUGGUGAGAAGUGGCAGAGAUUCCGUGCCCCUCCUGAGUCAUGGCCCAGCUGGCACUGUGCCUGCUCGUCUUGGUCUCCAUCCUCUGCAGCCUGGUGGCCUCGCUGGCCUGGAAUGCGGCCUUGGGCCAGGACCCCUUCAAAAAAUGUAUGCAUGAUCAAGACUACGAGCAGCUGCUCAAGGUGGUGACCCUGGGCCUCAACCGCACCUUGCAGCCCCAAAAAGUGAUUGUGGUGGGUGCUGGUGUGGCUGGGCUCGUGGCUGCCAAGGUGCUCAAUGACGCUGGACACAAGGUCACCAUCCUGGAGGCAGAUAACAGGAUUGGGGGCCGCAUCCUCACCUUCCGGGACCCCAAGACUGGCUGGUCUGGGGAGCUGGGGGCCAUGCGUAUGCCCAGCUCACACAGGAUCCUGCACGCGCUCUGCAAGAGCCUGGGACUCAACCUGACAAAAUUCACCCAGUAUGACGAGAACACGUGGACAGAAGUGAACGGUGUGAAGCUGCGGAACCACGUGGUAAAGAAGACACCUGAAAAGCUGGGCUACAAACUGCGCCCCAAGGAGAGGGGCCACUCCCCAGAAGACAUCUACCAGAUGGCUCUCAACAGGGCCCUGAAAGAUGUCAAGGCCCUGGGCUGCAAAAAGGCGAUGCGGAAAUUUGAAAGGCACACACUCCUGGAAUACCUGCUUGGAGAAGGCAACCUCAGCCGGCCAGCCGUGCAGCUGCUGGGAGACGUGAUGGCCAAGGACGGCUUCUUCUAUCUCAGCUUCCAGGAGGCCCUGCGUGCUCACAGCUGCCUCAGCGACCGGCUCCGGUAUAGCCGCAUCGUGGGAGGCUGGGACCUGCUGCCCCGUGCCUUGCUUAGCUCGCUGUCCGGGCCCCUGGUGCUGGACGCUCAAGUGGUGGCACUGACCCAGGGCACCAAGGACGUGCGCGUGCACAUCGCUUCCUCCCACCGGUCGCAAAGCCUGAAGUCGCUGACCGCGGACAUGGUGCUGCUUACGGCCAGCGGGCCCGCGCUGCAGCGCAUGACCUUCUCACCGCCGCUGACGCGCAAACGACAGGAGGCGUUGCGCAGCCUGCACUAUGUGCCGGCCACCAAAGUGUUCCUGAGCUUCCGCCGGCCCUUCUGGCACGAUGAGCACAUCGAGGGCGGCCACUCAAACACCGACCGCCUGGCGCGCACCAUCUUCUACCCGCCACCAGGCGAGGGUGCGCUGCUGCUGGCCUCCUACACGUGGUCGGACGCCGCCACCCCCUUCGCGGGUCUGAGCACCGAGGACGCGCUGCGCCUGGCGCUCGACGACGUGGCGGCGCUGCAUGGGCAGUUCGUGUAUCGGUUGUGGGACAAGACUGGCGUGAUCAAGCGCUGGGCUGAGGACCCGUACAGCCAGGGUGGCUUCGUGGUGCAGCCUCCUGUGCUCAGGGAGACGGAGGACUCCGAGAAGCCCUACAACUGGGCGGCACCUUAUGGCCGCAUCUUCUUUGCCGGCGAGCACACGGCCUACCCGCACGGCUGGGUGGAGACGGCCGUCAAGUCCGCGCUGAGGGCUGCCCUGCAGAUCAACAGCGACCAGGGGCAGGCAACCCUGGAGGCCGCCCUGGCAGAGCUGCGUGCCGCAGCCCCCGCCCCCGCCCGCUGGGAGAUCCUGCAUUAAAGUAUUUUCAGGAAAA